GUGUAGGGUGGGCUGGGAAGGAUGAGAUGGAGGGAUCCUGAAGUUGAAGGAAAAAUCUCUAAAAGAAAGUAAAAAGAAAAGAUAGAAUUGUAAGGACCCAGUCUUCUCCAUCUCUGUACAUUCCUGUCUAGCCCUCACCCAGCCAUGGGCUGUGAGGAGAGGCUGGGAAUAAGAGAAGAAUGAAUCUCAGAUAAGGGAAGCCACUAGGUUACACAUCCGAGGGCUAGCUAUCUCUGCUGACCCGGACAGCAUUCUUGAAAUCUUCUCCCAGAGCCAAUAGGAAAGUAGCACUCCAGCAGGCUACGCUCACAGAAAUGAAUCCUAAGGAGAAGAAGGAGGGCCUCCCUUCUGACAACGUGAAGAUGAAGUUCAGCCCCUAGAAGAAGGAGGGCGGCCCCUCUCUGCCCUGCUGUCAGACUCCUCAGUCUAUACAACUGCUCGGUGGAAGGGGGCCACGAAGCUGGGAGUGGGCCAUGAUAUUCCUCAUUAUCAGAGAGUUAGCAGCCCAAGUCCUGGAAGAUAAGGGAGUUGGAUUUGGACUUGUGGACUCCGAGAAAGACGCGGCUGUGGCCAAGAAACUGGGUUUGACGGAGGAAGACAGUGUGUAUGUGUUCAAAGGGGACGAGGUCAUAGAGUACGAUGGCGAGUUAUCUGCAGAUACCCUGGUCGAGUUUCUGCUUGAUGUCCUGGAGGAUCCCGUGGAGCUAAUCGAGGGCGAGCGGGAGCUGCAAGCAUUUGAGAACAUUGAGGAUGAGAUCAAACUUAUUGGCUACUUCAAGAAUGAGGACUCAGAACAUUACAAGGCCUAUGAGGAUGCAGCUGAAGAAUUUCAUCCCUACAUCCCCUUCUUUGCCACCUUUGACAGCAAGGUGGCUAAGAAGCUGACCCUGAAGAUGAAUGAAAUUGAUUUCUAUGAGGCCUUCAUGGAUGAACCAGUGACCAUCCCAGACAAGCCCAACAGUGAGGAGGAGAUUGUCAACUUUGUGGAGGAGCACAAGAGGUCAACCCUGAGGAAGCUGAAACCUGAAAGCAUGUACGAGACUUGGGAAGAUGACCUAGAUGGCAUCCACAUAGUGGCUUUUGCAGAGGAGGAUGACCCUGAUGGCUAUGAGUUCUUAGAGACCCUCAAAUCUGUGGCCCAGGACAACACAGAAAACCCUGAUCUCAGCAUUAUCUGGAUCGACCCUGAUGACUUCCCCUUGCUUGUCCCAUACUGGGAGAAGACAUUUGACAUCGACUUAUCAGCCCCACAGAUUGGAGUUGUCAACGUGACAGAUGCUGACAGUAUUUGGAUGGAGAUGGAUGAUGAGGAGGACCUGCCUUCAGCUGAUGAGUUGGAGGACUGGCUGGAAGAUGUGCUGGAGGGUGAAAUCAACACUGAAGAUGACGACGACGAUGAUGACGAUGACGACGAUGAUGAUGAUGAUGACUAGGUGUCAUGGUGACCACUCCUCAGCCCCUUCCUGCUCGGGCCCCCUUACUGAGCCCCUCCAUCUGGGGUACCAAGCAGGACCCUGGUCAGGGACUCUUCUGGAACAGCCUCAUGGUGUCUUUAAUUCCCCUCGGGGAAUACACUGAGGAAAGGAGCUACCUGCCUUCCCAUUUUCCUUCCCUUCUGACCUCCAUCUUUAACCCUAUCUCUCCCUUUCCUGAUUUUCUCUAUGGUCUUUCCUUGCAUUCUUCUCUUGAUCCCCCUCCCUGUGUUCCCCCCAACUUUCUCCUCAAAUUCUCUCCUUGUUCACCUCUCAUCCUGUUUUCCUCUGACUAUGCCCUGUUCCUUGACUAGGGAGGGGGAGUGCGGUGCUAGGUUUGGGGCCACAUCUCAGCCGCUUCCUGUUAAUUUAUUUGGGUCAAAUUAGAAGUCUCAAUAAAGGGAUCUGGGGCAGUGUC